CUCCAACGGCAUAAUUCUGAAAUCAUCAUCCUUUUCUUCUAUUUGGUUGGAGAAGAAAUUUUCUUGACGUCUGCUUUCUUGAUUCCUCUUUCCUAUUGAAGAGAAUCCGAUUUAAGCUUUUGAUAUCACUAUUCUCUUUGUGAUCUCUACUUUCCUGUGCUAAUUCUGCAUAUCAUCAAUUCUGUAAAUUCUCAGAUUCUCAAUAAGUGUGGAGAAGACAUUUUUCUGAUUACAAGAAACUGUAGGGAAUCAUGGAAAAUGCGCCAAGAAACAAGAAUCAGAAAACUGCUUCGAGUGCCAUCAAAAAGAGUUUCUUGAGGCGGAAAGAUUACAUCAAGAAGAAGACCGAGGAACUCUCUAUACUCUGUAAUGUCAAGGCCUGUGCCAUUAUCGUUGGGCCAGACGGAACCAUCGAAACAUGGCCAGAAAGUCGUAAUGAUGUGCAGCGGGUGAUUGAAGCGUACAGAAACUGCCCAGUUGACAAGAAGAAAAGGGAACCACCCCAAGAACUUGAUCGUGGUGGCGAUGAUCACAGUAAUAAAAAACAGAAAUUAUGUGUUGUCUCUGAGGGAGUGAAGAAGACAGGGUUUACUGAUCAAGAUUUGCUUAGAAGGAUUGAUGCAAAGUUAUGUGAAGUACGGAAGAAAAUCCAGUCGAUUAAGUCCAAUGAUCAAAACUCUAUGGACCAUACCAUUGCUAAUUCGAAAGAGCCAUCCUUCUUCCAAGAAACUGCCUCCUUUGAACAGAGUCAGAUUAUAGAUAACCCCAUUUGGUUCGACACACAACUGGAAGAAAUACGUGGAUUUGAGAAGAACGAUCAAAACUAUAUGGACUAUACCAUUGCUAGUUCGAAAGAGCCAUCCUUCUUCCAAGAAACCGCUUCUUUUGGUCAGAGUCAGAUUAUAGAUAACUCCGUUUGUUUCGACACAAAACUUGAAGAAGUACAUGGAUUCGAGGAGAAUGAUCUAUUUGACUGGUCGGAUGUUUUUGAUACAAGAUCUGAAAAUCCACAUCUAAUGGUAGUCGGUAAAGAGGACAACCAUGAACUUUUGGCAACUGCACCAACUCCAAAAUCUCUCGAUACAUAUCAAGAUUAUCAGCCGUCUACACAGGCAGUGAACUCAUUAAUCCCUGGUAGUGAAUCAAUGGAUACAUUUUCUAUGGCAUAUAAUGGAGAAUUCAACCAGUUUGCACAUACUGAUCUGAACUCAUUUAUUUCUGGUAACGAAUCAGUGAACUCCUUUACUUUGCCAGCUAAUCAGUGUUUUAAACCAAAUUGGAAUUGGUUCGAAGACAGCGCGUUUUUGGCUGACCUGACUUCGUGGCACGCUGCUCCUAUGAAUCUGUGGACUUAGUAUUUUCUUCUUACUUAGUCGUAUUUUUUGGUUCUUUGAUGGUGAACUCCAUUUCUA